AUGACGUCAUGGGGGGCGCUAGCGAGACUGAGGUUCUUGAUGGGUCCCUGGUUGUGUCUGGUGCUGGGCCUCCUACCGGGUUCCGCCUGGGCCACCCCGGCAGAGGACCUGGACUACGGGGGCGUCCCUCUGUGGAUCGACCGUGCCCUGGGAGAGCCGAGCGUGAUGAGUCUCCAGGGUCGGAGCGUGGAUCCGUCCUGGUUCCGAGCCACCAACCCCCAGCCCUGUCCCGCUCCGUGCGACUGCCCCAUCCAGUGGCCCACCGCUCUCUACUGCGACCACAGGGGCCUCGCCAGCGCCCCGGACGCUCUGCCCGGAGAGAUGCAGUACCUCUUUCUACAGGGCAACAACAUCUCUUCUCUUUCCUCUUCGUUCUUCUCUAACGUCACUGCUCUGCGCUGGAUCAUUCUGGACCACAACCUCCUCGAGGCCCUAGACCAGGACCUGCUCCGGGACCAGAGCGAGCUGUGGAACCUGUUUGCCAACCACAACCUCCUGCAGUCUGUUCCCGGGGGUCUGCCUGGGGGUCUGCGGCAGCUCAGACUGGCGCAUAACCGCAUCAGCUCCAUCCCAGCCGCAGCCUUCUCUGCCCUGCAUCGACUCACCGUGCUGCUGCUACAGGGGAACCGGAUCAAGACCGUGUCCCAGGGAGACUUCGCAGGUCUGUCAGGCCUGAGUCUUCUGGACCUGAGUGGAAACCAGUUUACGUCCGUCCCGAAGCACCUGCCCGAGUCCGUGCAGCAGCUGUAUCUUUCCAACAACAGCCUGUCGUCUGUGGAGGAGGAGAGCUUCAGCACGUGCCCUCAGCUCCAGUACCUGCGCCUGGGACACUGCUCUCUCCGCAGCCCCAACAUUCACCCUGAAGCCUUCAACGUCUCCAGCCUCAUCGAGCUGGACCUGUCCUACAACCGACUGACCACCACUCCCACCGUGCCCACCAGCCUGCUGCACCUGUACCUGGAGGCCAACCACAUCCACGAGUUCAACACGAGCAGUUUCUGCAGAGGGGGCGGGCCCACGUCCUACUCCAGGUUGAGGAUCCUGAGGCUGGAGGGGAACCGCAUCAAGGCGCAUCAGCUGCCAGCGGACUGGAUCUACUGCCUCCGCCUGCUGCAGCGCCUCUACAUCUGA